AUGCCAUUCCUAUUGCUAUUCAUAAUUCCCAUUUGUUUUACUAUAUUAACCCUCCAGUUAAGUGUCAUUAAAAGGGACAGGAAUCAGAUUAAUAACAUGGAUUACCUGGAUAUAGUCUAUUGCCCUAAUAAUAGCUACACGAAUACGCUUAUGGAGAGAGCGGGUGACUAUUUCGCCACAAAAUAUCGGCACAGGAUCAUUCGUGCAAUUGCUGUAAAUAGCGAGCAAAACAUGAGUUCAUUUAUUAGUCGUCAAGUACUCGAAGAGAAACGACAAAUACGGGGUUUUAUAGCCAUUGAUUUCGGUGCUGAUUGGCACCGGGGACAGGUAGAUGCUAAUGGGGCCCAACCACCAGAGCACCUACACUACUCAUUGAGCAUCAAAGGCGCUGAAUAUAAUAACGGCGAGGAUUAUGAUCACCGCUUAAUCCAACCUAAGGUGCUAGUUUACCUAAAAUAUGAUAAUUACCGCAAUCCGUACGACAUUUACAUUGAGUCGUGUUUUUGCAAAAUACAAGUCGCUAUAGAUUUGGCGCACAUUUCACUCGUGAGUAACACGAGUGUCGAUAAUAUCGAUGUUUAUCAUCAGUUCAUGCCAUUACCCGUGAACUAUAUCAAUGAAAAUACACUUUACAUCCGGGAAAACCUAUAUUAUUGGGCAAUUAUUAUCAUACUAUUCGCGCUGUUAGUUAUGCUACCGGUGUCUGUCAAACGUAUUGUGGAGGACAGACAGACACGGAUUACGGACUACUUAUUUCAAUUAGGAAUCUCCAGAGCCCACCACUGGAUCACUAUUAUCAUAGACUCCCUGACCGUUAUCGGCCGGCGCCAAUUGGUCUAA